UCAGAAGUAGAGCCGCUCCCGUGUGAUUGGAGGAAGAAAGACAUCAACAAAGAAAGAUGGCCGAAGUGAUAGAGCUGCAGAAACUCAAGCUUGCCGAAUUGAGGCAAGAAUGUGAGGCCCGAGGUCUGGACACCAAGGGGAACAAAGGGGAGCUCAUCGCCCGACUGCAGGCCUACCUGGAGGAGCAUGAGGAAGACGUGGACGUAGAUGAAGUGUUGGCAGAGGAUGCAGAGGACUUCACUAAAGUUGAGAGUGCCAAUGAUGUAAAAGACGAAAAGGAUUCAGAGUCUACUGAGGGUGAACCAUCUGCUGAGAAGAAGGUGGUGAAAAUUGCUCCUCCAUCAACUGCCACUGAAAGACUACAGAAGAGAGCUGAGCGUUUCAACCUGCCAGCGACAGCUGAGAGCAAAAAGGCCAUACGAGCAGCAAGGUUUGGUGGAGCCGCAGAGGAUUCCAGUCCAGCUCCAGGUGCCGUUGCAAACAGUAAAGCCCCGGUGAGCGUGGAGCAGCUGAAGAAGAGAGCGGAGCGGUUCGGCAUGAACGUUUCUUCCGUUUCACAAAAGAUUGAAGAGGAUGAGAAGCUGAAAAAGAGGAAGGAGAGGUUCGGAGCCUCAACAGCUCCAGCUGUUUCAGCUGAUGUCGAGGCAAAGAAAAUGAAGCGCGCUGAAAGAUUUGGAAAAGUGUGAAUGAAGUUUCAGAGGCUGUGUUUAUUUUAUAAAGCAUUUUCAUUACUGCACAACAGAGAUCCCUGGCGACGACACACGUCACUAAAAGGAUAUCUGUGAAUCAAAAGUAUAACUAAAUACAAAGAGAAAUGGGUGAGUGAAAUCAUUGGAAAGGCUUCUAAUCAUUUUCUCAGCUUCAAAUCAGAAAAACGUUUCAUGGAGGCUAUUUUUCAUUUUUGUUACUUUUCAUAUAGAAUUAAGAGGCGUGUUCAUAACAUUCAUGCACAGAAUUAUCUCCUGUGUAACAUCAAGGUUUCCUAUACUCCUUUUACCCGAAACUUGCUGUUAUUUUUAAAGUCCAUUUAUCAGGACUUUGCUGAAGCAACAUGUGAAACAUCUGCAGCUGCUUCACAGUAAAAAAAAAACCUUUUAAAAGCUGUUUAAGGGAAAUAAUUUGUGUUCAAUGUCUCAGGUGAUUUCUUUCAGUGUAAUCUUAAAUUCUCAAAUUAAACAGAAAAUGUGCAGCUGCAGGAAGCUUGAAGGGUCAGAUGUUUUGCAUGUUAAAAGUUGUCUUAAAUUGGGACAUUUUGGAGCUCUUUUUGUGAGCACAUUUCUUUGAACAAACUAUUAAAGGUCAGAAACCUGUGAGCUUCUUACUUGUUGGAGACAGGAAAUAACAGAAACUAAAAUCCCAGCCAGUAUUGAAAGAUAUCCUUUAAUUAUUCUAGAUGCAACAAGAAAAAAUACUAAAAUUAUUUUUAAAAUGUGUGAUACAUUCCUUCAAAGACAAAAAUUCUAACUGCAGAAAUAUAAAGUGUUAAGAAGAUCUUGUUCUGUUUAUUGUUAAUAAUGCAGUUUUCCCAAUAGUCCAAUUUAAAUGAUUUAACUCGCCUAUUUGUAUUUCCUGUGUGUGUUUAAUUGUACUUUUGAUUUAUAAGAUAAGUCAGUUAUGUUUAUCUUUGGGAUUGGAUCCAUUGGUUCACUGCUUCAGUUAUCUGUCCAUUUUAUAACAUUUUGUGAUUUAAAAUAAAUUGUUUUCAACUUUUUGGUAUCA